GAAAACAAGAAUGGUGGAGGCGUUGGAGUCCUGGAGGAAGAUGGGGAUGUUUGGAAUUGGAAGAGUCAUUAGCCCUACAAGUUUUAUAAAACUAUAACUUUAAUGGGUGUCUUAUUUACAUUGGCCAAUUCAAAGGGUGGGUAGUCCAAGUAUUGUCCAAUCAAACCGAGCACGUUAGCACACCUGUCACUUUGGAGGAUGAAGUCCCUUCCAUUCUCCAUGGCUGCUCUACAAGGAUGAACUAAAGUAAAAGUUUCCUCUGAAGCCAGAGAUCGACAAGUAUUCUUCGCUUACAACUAAAAGAGAAAAGUCCCUUCCAUGGCUGCUUUAACUGCUACUGCCCCAGCUGACCGAAUACAUGUAUUCUGGCACGAGGGCAUGCUCAACCACGACUCCGGCCAUGGAGUAUUCGACACUGGAAUGGAUCCUGGUUUUCUAGACGUUCUAGAAAAGCACCCAGAGAACUCUGACAGAAUCAAAAACAUGGUUUCUAUUCUAAAAAGAGGUCCCAUCUCUCCCUACAUAUCUUGGGUUCCGGGAAGGCCUUCUCUGCUCUCUGAAUUGCUCUCUUUCCACUCUCCAGAAUACAUAAAUGAGCUAGUUGAAGCAGAUAGAGAUGGGGGUAAGAUGCUAUGUACCGGCACUUUCUUGAACCCCGGCUCAUGGGAUGCCUCGCUCCUUGCUGCCGGUACUACAUUAUCAGCAAUGAGGCAUGUACUUGAUGGACACGGAAAAAUUUCUUAUGCAUUGGUUAGGCCUCCGGGUCACCAUGCUCAGCCUACACAAGCUGAUGGCUACUGCUUCCUUAACAAUGCCGGUCUUGCUGUUCAAUUGGCUUUAAAUUCUGGCUGUGCAAAGGUUGCAGUCGUAGACAUCGAUGUUCAUUAUGGAAAUGGGACUGCCGAGGGGUUUUAUCGGUCUGAUAAAGUUCUUACAAUCUCCCUUCACAUGAAUCAUGGUUCCUGGGGCCCGUCUCACCCACAAACUGGCUCUGUUGAUGAGCUCGGUGAAGGGGAAGGGCUAGGUUAUAAUUUGAAUAUACCUCUGCCAAAUGGGACAGGGGACCAAGGAUAUGGACAUGCCAUGACUGAGUUGGUUGUCCCUGCUGUUGGAAAGUUUGAACCUGAAAUGAUAGUUCUGGUCAUUGGCCAAGAUUCAAGUGCGUUUGAUCCAAAUGGAAGGCAAUGCUUGACAAUGGAGGGUUAUAAAGAGAUUGGCCGCAUGGUUCGGGGCCUGGCGGAUAGACACUGCAGAGGACGUCUUCUGAUUGUCCAGGAAGGUGGAUAUCAUGUUACCUACUCAGCCUAUUGUCUUCAUGCAACACUUGAAGGUGUGCUUAACCUACCAGUUUCUUUAUUAUCUGAUCCCAUUGCUUAUUACCCAGAGGAUAAGGCAUUUGCUAUAGAAGUAAUUAAAUCUAUUAAAAAGUUCCAGAAAGACAAUGUACCGUUUUUAAUUCAAGAUUAAUUUGGACAUUGCUUUUAGGCAACCUUAUUCUAUAUUUGUAUUCUGUCGAUGAUAUAUGAAUGUUAUAUUCGAAUGAAAGUAAAUCUUGUUGCUUAUGCUUCA